AAAGACAACUUUGGCCAAGUCUAUAUACAAUGAUAAUUCUAUAAAAGGGUAUUUUGAUCCAAAAGUAUGGGUGUGCGUAUCUGAUCCUUUUGACGUCAAAUUGAUUUUAAUUUCCAUGUUAGAAUCUCUUAGCCCAUUAAAAGCCGCUGUAAAACAGAGUUUGGAUGCACUGCUUAAACACCUUCAAGAAGAGCUGAAAGGGAAAAAAUACUUGCUGGUACUUGAUGAUGUCUGGAAUGACGAUUCUACACAAUGGAAUGACUUGAUGGAUUGUUUGUUAAAGCUUGAUUCUGCUCGGGGAAGCACAAUUAUUGUCACUACCCGCAGUGCCAAAGUUGCAUCAAUCUCAGAGAAAAAACUUCCACGACAGGAUUUGGAACUUCUAUCAACAGAUGAAUGCUGGUCCAUAUUGAAACAUGCAGCUUGCUCAGAUGGUAGUUCUGAUAUACCUCUUCAUUUAGAGAGUAUUGGACGGGAGAUUGCUAAAAAAUGUGAAGGUCUACCAUUGAUGGCAAAGGUUUUGGGAGGCAUGCUGCGUUCUAAAAACAGUAUAGAUGAAUGGCGGUCAAUUCAAAAAAGUGAAAUAUGGAAAUUACCAGAAGGUGAUAAGAGAAUCAUGUCAGUUUUGAAGUUGAGUUUUGAUAAUUUGAAAUCACCAUCUUUAAAACAUUGUUUUGCCUAUUGCUCAAUAUUUGAGAAAGAUUUUGAAAUUGAAAGGGAGAACUUGGUCCAACUCUGGAUGGCUGAAGGAUUGCUCCACCCUUCAAGGGAUCUAGAGAUGGAAGAUAUAGGAAAUGAUUAUUUUAAUAUUCUAUUGCAAAACUCCUUUUUUCAAGAUGUUACAAUGGAGACAGAUGGAGUUGUUAUCACAUGCAAGAUGCACGAUCUUGUGCAUGAUCUUGCAGAACUAAUGUCAAAAUCUGAUAGAGAAGACAAACUUGACAUUAGACAUAUGGCACCGACUCCUUCUACCAUACCACAAGGAAUUUCAGAAACAAAUGUUGGGAAAUUGCGGUCCCUAUUUUCAAAUGGUGAAGGCCUUAGCAAUAGCUUGUCAAGUUUUAAUGCUUUACGUGUGUUGAAUUUAUACAAGGCUAAUAUUGAGGAGUUGCCUAGUUCAAUUGGCAGGUUGAAACACUUGAGGUAUUUGGAUGUUUCUGGAACAGAAAUCAAAGGACUUCCAAAAUCUAUUGGCAAGCUUUAUAAUCUGCAGACAUUAAGAAUGUAUGAUACAAGGAAUCUUAAAAGGUUUCCAAAGGAAAUGGAAAAUUUGAUCAACUUGAGGCAUGUUUAUUUCGACUAUGAUAGGGAAGUUCCAUUUGGGAUGAGACGAUUGACUCGUCUGCAAACAUUACGUUACUUUAAUUUGGAUAAGGAAAGGAAUCAUGGAAUUGACGAGUUGGGUGGCUUAAACCAAUUAAAAGGUAAACUAAUUAUCACAUCUUUGGAAUAUGUGAGAGACAAACAUGAAGCGGAGAAAUCAAAUUUAGCAGGGAAAGUAAAUAUACGAAAGUUGACAUUAGAAUGGGGGUGGAGGGAUGACUGGGAGAGAAACAAGGAGAGUGAUGUUGAUGUAUUAGAAAGUCUCCAACCGAACCCAGAGUUAGAAAUCUUAAAGAUUGAAAGCUUCAUGGGUGUUAAAUUAGCAUCAUGGAUGAUGAUUCUACUCAAUUUGAAAAAGAUCCGGUUAUCCAACUGCAGGGAAUGUGAAGAAGUCCCUCCACUCGGCCAUUUGCCAAAUCUUAGGCAUGUUAAAUUUGAAAAUAUGGAUAAGCUUAAAUGUGUGGGAGUUGAGUUUUAUGGUUAUAACCAUGUUUACGGUGGUGCGGCUUUGUUUCCAUCAUUGAAAACGUUAGUUUUUAAUGAUUGCCCAGCUCUAAUUGAAUGGAAGGAAGUGGAUGUGAUUACGCCAGCAUCGGUGUUUCCCUGCCUUGAGGAGUUGACUUUUUGGACUUGCAGGGAAUUGAGAAAUGCUCCAAGUUGUUUUCCAUCUCGCCAGAAGUUGACGAUACAUAAUAUUGACCAGGUCAUGGCAAUAGAAAAUAUAUGCAGUCAACUAACCACUCUCACUCACCUCAAUAUUGAUGAAGCCACAGAGCUUACUCGUCUGCCAGUAGGGAUGCUGGAAAAGAACCAGAAUCUUCGGUGGCUGCGUAUUUGCGGUUGCAAAAAGCUUAGCCAUUUACCUGAUGAGCUACACACAUUCCGUCUUCUUGAGGAGUUGACCCUAGAGAAUUGUCCUAGUCUAGAGUUCAUUCCAAUUACCACCCAGAGCCAGGGCAUGCCAUGUCUCCGCAAAUUGAAGAUUCGGAAUUGUGAGAAAUUAUCAAGCUGGCCGAGUGGGUUGGAAUAUUGCACCUCUCUUCAGAAAUUGCAUAUUGAAAAUUGUCAAAAUUUGAGGCAUUUACCGGUUGAUGCGCUACAGAACCCCGUCUCUCUUGAGAAGCUGUGCACAAAGUAUUGCACUAAUCUAGAAGCUAUUCCCAGUUUAGACAACCUCACAUCCCUCCGUGAGUUGUCUAUUUGGGUUUGUGAUGGACUCACAAGUCUACCGAGGGGGAUUCAAUCCUGCACAUCUCUUAACCGCUUGACAAUCAGUGAAUGCCACAAUUUGAUCUCGCUGGCAGAUGUUGAUGUGUCCAGGUUGCAGUCUCUUUUCUAUUUACAAAUAUUGGAUUGUCAGAAAUUAAAAUAUUUGCCAACGGGGCUACGCUCUCUGACGAGUUUGAAAUGGAUGAGAAUCGGUAAGUUUUGGGAGGAGCUCGAUUCUUUCCCUGCUUUUGAGCUUCCAUCACAAAUCCGAAAGUUAGAUAUCAGAGGGUGGCCUAAGCUCAAGUCUCUGCCUCAAGAAAUUCAACACUUGACUACUUGUUUAGAAAAAUUGAUUAUAGAUUCUUUCGACAGCAUGGAGGCUCUUCCAGAGUGGUUGGGUAACCUUUCAUCUCUUAUCCGCCUGAAUAUCUCGGGUUGUAAGAAUCUGAUGUAUCUGCCUACCGUUGAAGUUAUGCAACGCCUCACCAAAUUAGAAACACUAUGGAUUAGUGGAUGUCCCCGUCUAGCGGAAAGAUGCGCCAAGGAGAGCGGCCCAGAAUGGCACAAGAUUUCUCACAUCCCAAAUAUAAUAGUUUACGAAUCCGAAUCUUCAAGUGGUGAUUAGGAGUAGCUCAGCUAUUCAUGUUUUUCAUGAAUGUGCCUUCGGGGAGUAGCUGCAACUUCCACUUUGAAGCACAAAAUUUGGGGCUAGCAUCCAUUUGAAGUGUAAACAGUCCUUAGAAGACGUUUAUAAAAUUUUGAUGAACUGGAGGGUUUACUGGAGUGAUGAGGGUACCUUGAAGCUUUCAGUGAACUAUCUAUUUGUAUAUGUGAGAAUCUGAAGAAUCUACCAGCAGUGGAAGCUCUGAAAAUUUCCCCAAAAUGAAAAGAUGCACCGAGGAGAGCCAGAGUCAUGUGCAAGGAGAUACGUGGCAUAAUGCAGCCAAU